GAAAACUAAUGCGCAGUGGCAAUGCGCAAAGGACUGUAAACACACCAUAGGAUGUACAAAUCCAAUCUGUCAAAAGGCAGAAUUGCGGCGAGUGCUCGAAGAGGGCCUCCAGUACAGCUUGAUUUCGAAAGUUACAACACACGAGAGAAGUCAAGCAAAUCAUUGAAGAACGGGGUUGAUUCGGGGGAUCAAGCUGCCGAAAUGAGUGCCCCUAAUCCGAGGCCGACGUUCCAGAAGGGACGACCGAUGGGCAACAAGAAGCCAUCUCCUAGCAGUCAAGAUAAUCAUAAUAGUGAGAACCACUUAGAAAUGGCCACCCUCUUGAGCAAGCAGUGGAAAAAAGUUGAGGCUGGUCAGAAGGCAAACAAAGAUGGAGAGUCACUGUACGAACUAUACUUGGAAAAAGAUUCUAAAAGUUUAGGAAAUUUUCAGCCCUUUGACCUGGAAAACUAUUGGGAGAAGAAAACACUAAAUAAUUACCUGGGCAAGCCAGCCAGCUGAGGAGCCCUUUGAGUGCCUUUUUCUGUGUACAAAGUCAGCAUCACAAGUUCAUCUGGUCUCAACCCUCUCUCCACCAUCGCAAGCUGUCACUGUUUGUGUGUUCGGACUCGGAUGGUACAUGCUCUGUUUGCGGGUGUGUGAAAGAGAAAGUGUUGUGUAUGAUUAUGUGGUUUUGAGGUUAUUGUUUGGUUUGGGUGUGAGCAGUGUACGGAUGUGUGAGAGACAGAAUGUGUGUGUGUGGGGUUCAGGUGCUAAUGUGAGGGUAUGACCUGUUAUGGUGUGGGUGUAUGAGAGAGAGAGUGGGGGCGUUUUGUUCAAGUGUGUGGUUUAGAGGGUAUUGUGAGGGUGUGACUUAGUUGAGACAGAUGUUUGUUUUUUUCUUGACACUUGUGCGUUACCGAGUAAUUAGGGCAAAUGUUCACCACAUGUUGAUUGCCGGCUGUGGAUUAGAAAGCAAAAGUGCGGAGUGAGAGAUUUUAGAUAUGGGGGCCAUUUUUCUGGCACUGUUUUUCAACGAGAAGUCCCAGAAAAUUCCAGACUUGUUUUUUCUUGUGUGCCCAUUUUGUUGUAUUAAUUGGAUGUCUGUUUGGGUGUGAUCAGAGAAGUUGCAGAGUUCUUGCCAGGUUUAGAUGUGGCAGUCCUGUUAAUAGACAUCGGAGCAUAGGGUGAUUAUGGCACUUACACAGUAGCAACCACGGAAAGUUUGUUAGUUGGAGACAUGAACAAUUUGGUUUGGCUCUGUCUCCCAGCCCCUAUAAUUUCUCUCUGUAGUGAUGUCAUUUUAUCUGGUUUACGUAGAAAAAUAAACCUUUUCUAAUUCUAAUCUGUCAAGGAUUGAUCUUGAAAGAGUUUGAGAGCAGUUUUCAAGCAUUCCUUUUUCUCUCUUGGUGAAAGUACACGCGCAUAGUGUAAAACAUUGUUUACUGUAAUAAUGAUUACCCUCCUAAAUUUCUGAUUUGAAUCUCACAACUGGCCACAUUGCUUCCAACACCUUUGGUAAGACAUAAAGAUUUGCCUGUAAGACAUAAAAACUUACCAGUUACCUGGGGUUCCAUACCACAAGUCAUUUACUGGCGUCGUGUGGCAGUGUGUUGCUGAAAGAUAGACUGACUGAAAGAAAAAGCCAUUGUUUAUUCCAGGGUCCAUAUUGUGUCGUCAGUGUGUGUGUAUGUGUGUGUGCUACUGUGUUGUGUGUUUGUUGCAGAGUCGGAGCACACUCGGAAUGAGCCUGGUGUGACUGAUGUUUCGCUGUGUCGGGUUGGUUCCUGAUUUGUGCCAUGUGUCCGUUUUGAGGCAGACAUUUUGAUGAAUGGUUAGUAGAUAUAUAUAUAUAUACCAGUAAGGAAGUCAGUGUGGAAAAAGCUCAUGUCUGUCUGCGUCGGCAAGUGUUGGUGCCGGCAUGCCCACUUUAUGUGCUGGACAAUGGAUGUGAGAAGCAUAAUGUUACAAUUUAGGGUGGCUUGGUUGGUUGUGGCAUACUUUCUGUGCUAAACUAGAUUCUUGUUGUUAUAUGAUGCCAGGAUAUUUUUCCAUAAUGCUAAAAAAAGUUUUUAAAUUUGAGAUGAAUUAAAUUUUUAGUUGUUUUUAAACAUGAUAGUACCAUACUGUUUUAUGUUACAAGAAUUAGGACUUUCGGUAAACACUCUGGAUACUUGUUUUUGUGA